GUCUCUGAGCGUCGGUGUGUUUUUCAGCGGAGGGAGAGAGACUGAAGAAAAGAAAAGAAAAAAAGAAGAAGAAGUUCAGUAUCCUACAGGUUGUUUUUGGUUUCUUGCAGGAAAACCGAGGGGAAAAGAAGAACCUUUGUGGAGAGAAAGCAAAGCAAAGAAGUUUUCAAAGUUUUUCUGUUUCUGGGAUUUUAGUGUUUUUGCUCCAGAAAAUUAACUUAUGCUGCCGGAGAAGAACCAGACCUUCAGAUAGACAGGAGGACAGAGAGACAGGAGGACAGACGGGAAGAGAGACAGACAGACAGGGGUCAGAUAGACAACUUUCUCAAAUCUUACAUCUGUGUUCAAUUUGAAGCAGGCAGUGAGACACUCAGCAUCUGUCUGUCUCUCUGUCUACUUGUCUGUCUUCCAGCCUGUCUGUCUGAGUCCCGGAGGACGGAGGAUGUCACCGGGGUGUGUCGCCGCCCUUAGCUGGACCUGCGGCUCCUCCUGCGGUCACACAGAGCUCUGACAGCCCGCUGCUACUGCUGAGGGAGAACCAGAACGGGUCUGAUUUAGAUCUGGGUCUGUAAAAACCAGCUUAAAACGGUGGAUUCAUACCGAAGUGGCCUGAGCUGGGAUCAGGAUGUCUUCAGAGCUGGCUGUAGGUCUGGUGUUCAGGGUUCUGCUGCCCCUCACUUUGACUGCAGCUUGUGUGUUGCGGUAUAAUGGAUUCUCUCUGGUCUACGUCCUCCUGCUGCUGCUGCUGCCACUGCUGCCUGACCCCUCCUCCACCACAGGUAACACCUGUCGCUGCGUGAUGGCGGUUUGUGUCUCCAGUUUCCUCUUCCUGUUACUGCAGUCCUUCUUCCAGCUGACGACUGCAACACUGCAACCAGAGUACAACUGUACAGCUUGGCAGAAAGCUCUCGGUCAGCUUGGCCUGGUGAGUCUGACAGGAAGUGAUGCGGGCUCGGCAGUGAGACAUGUCUUUCCGGAUGUCGGCGUGUUGUUCGUCAGUCUGCUGACCUGGAGGCUGAUUGUACGACUUAACGCAGACACACACACACGGCCCCAGCUAGAGGAGACACAGCAGGAGGAGGAACCUCAGGAGGAGGAGCUGAUGUUUGAGGGGGACUCUGUGCUCGCAGGGGAGGAAGAGGAGGAGGAGGAAGAGGAAAGCAGCAGAAACAGGGUUCUGGUUGAACUGGAGGCCGUGGUUUGUAAAACCAGGCAGAUGGUGGGAAACAUGACGACAACAGGAGGGAAAGUCCUGCUGACAGCCCUACUGGGACUCACAGGUAUCAUGUUCCCUUCUCUCUCCUCCCUCCUUUACCUCCUCUGUUUCCAGGUGUUGAGUACCUGGUGGGCAUGGUCAGGUCAGGUCCCACCCCUCCUCUUCAGGUGUGUCUCUGUGAUGUCACUGCUCUACUCUUCCUCCCACUUCCUGCUACUCUACUGCUACCAGCUGCCCUCGCUGCAGGAGGCAUGGCCUCCCAACCACACCUCCGCCAGCGUGUUUGGUCUGGUGUCGGUGGUGUCAGUGGACUGCGCCGCCCCUUGGAGGCUGCAGGUGAACUCUGAGCUCAGCUGGUUUCACUUCAGCAGUCCUCUGAUGCUGCUGCUGGUCUAUCACACUGUGGCCAGUCUGUGGAGGAACCAGCUGAUCAACGGUGAUGGGGGGCAGGGCGUAGAGAGGGCGGAGUCAGCGUUCAGCGGGAGCUGUGACAUCAUCACCACCACCAGCAACCUGAGUGAUGAGGUCAACGGUGACAUCGCAGCGGAGAGGCGGAGAGAGCUGUGGAGGAGAGCUCACAACCGGCCUGAGUGCAGAGACGUGCUGCUGUCAUCAACCAAUGACAGCCCCUCGGACUCUUUUGCCCCGCCCACACAGAGCACUGCCCUGGGAUUGGAUGUUUACGCCACGCCUCACUACUCUCUCAGCCAAUCAGACACAUUGGAGACCUGUGUUUUUGAAGGAGACGGAUGGGAAGAGGAGGGGGAGGAGGUGUCGAGGGGUGAGGAAGGGGGAGUCAGUGCUGCGUCCAUGGCCUUCAGCUUCCUCCUCAAGCAGAGUUAUAUCUGCGCUCUGAUCUCCAUGAUGGCCUGGUCCAUCACAUACGUGUCCUGGCUCACAUGUGUCCUGCUGCUGUGGUCAUGUGUCCUCUGGAUGAUGCGAGAGCGUCGGCAGUACACGCUGAUGUCAUCGCCCUGGCUGGUCGCCUACGGCAACCUGCUGGUCAUCCUACAGUACAUCUACAGCUUCCCCUCCAUACAGGAAGUCCCUGGACUGUUCCCAAGAAAAAAUGACCCUUGCAGGGAGCUCGCCUCCAAGUUGUUGUGUCUUUUGACCUUCUGGCUGCUGCUGCGUCAGGCGCUGACUGAGAAAAAAGAAAGACAGAAAGACACGCAGCUGUCUACCAUCACUGUCCACAUAGAAGAGGAUCAGAGGGCAGAUCAGGAUCUGCAGAAGAAGGAGGAGGUGUCGUAUGAGGAGGUGCUGCUCCUGGGGGGAGGAGGAGUUCAGAUGGAGGCUUUGGUUGCCGUCGUAACCCGGAUGUUUGUUAAAUACUGGAUCUAUGUUUGUGGAACGAUGUUCUUCUUCGUUAGUUUCGAGGGAAAAAUCGUCCUCUACAAAGUCAUCUACAUGGUCAUGUUCCUCUGCUGUGUAGCACUGUACCAGUUGAACUAUGAACGCUGGCGUGCCUUACUCAGGGGUUUCUGGGUAGCCGUGGUGGUUUACUCCAUGCUGGUUCUGAUCCUGGUCUACACCUUCCAAUUCCCCUCAUCCCCCCACACUUGGAGUUACUACACUGGACUCAGCACACACAGGUUGGAGGAUGUUGGUUUGGAGAAGUUCUCUGUUCCUGUUCUCUUCACACGGAUCUUCAUACCUGCUGCGUUCUUACUGGUAUGUAUUGUUCACCUGCAUUACUUCCAUGAGCCGUUCCUGCAGCUGACCGACUUGAAGACUGUGGUGGACACACACAACAGCACUAUCACCAGGUUGGUCCACUCUGACGGCAGCCUGGUUGACCUGUCAGUGGGAGGAGGCCCACAGAUCCUCCUGGAGGAGGAGAAGAGAAGUGGACAGAGGGAGAGAGAGGAGGAGACAGAAGACAAGUGGAUAAAGGAGGAAGAGGAGGAGGAGUAUCCCUGUGUGUUUGACAGGGAAACCCUGUCUGACCGCAUAACAGUGCUGGUCUCCUGGAGGUUGGUGGUGGAUCGUCUGUCUGUGUUGUUCCUGCGCCUCCUGCUCUCCCUGCAGCGCCUGCAGCGCUUCCUCUGGUGGCUCCUGGAACUACACAUCGUCAAGAUCGUCUCCUCCUACAUCAUCUGGGUGUCUGUGAAGGAGGUGUGUGUGUUUAACCUGCUUUUCGUGCUGUGUGUGGGUGUGGCUCUACCCUGCAGGGCUUGGCGCCCCCUGCUGUCAGGAGUCUGUACAGUUUGGACUUGUGUGGUGACCGUCUGUAAGAUGUUGUACCAACUCAAUGUCGUCCAGCCAAUCAGAUACUCCUCCAACUGCACCAUGCCAGAUAACUCCAGCACCGACCUGUCGUGCUCUGUUUUGUACUCUGGUCCAGUUGAUCCCGCCCAGUGGGUGGGGCUUCGCAAAACAGAUGGAAAACUGCUCGACUACCUGAGGUAUAACCUGAUGAUGUUAGCACUGUUGGCGUUCGAGGUCACCGUGUACCGACACCAGGAGCUCUACCGUCUCCGCCACAACAAAGUCCCACCCUCCACCAGAACACUGUUUCAUGACAUCACCAGGCGUCACUUGGACGACAAUGUGCUGAGCUGCGUUAAAUACUUCCUCAACUACUUCUUCUACAAGUUCGGACUGGAGACCUGCUUCCUGUUGGCCGUGAACGUGAUUGGUCAGCGGAUGGAUCUGUUCGCCGUAGGUCACGCCUUUGGCCUCAUCGCUGUCCUAUCAUGUCGCAGCAGGAAAUGCAUUGCCUCAGUGUGGCCCAAGUACUGCUACUUCCUGUCAGGGUUGCUGUGCUUCCAGUACCUGCUGUGCAUCGGAUUCCCUCCUGCUGCCUGUAAAGAUUAUCCCUGGAGACCUCCGUCCUCCAACAUGGACUCCAACGUGGUGAAAUGGCUUUUCCUCCCUGAUCACCUGACACCACCGAACCCACUCUUCCUCCUCUAUGAUUUCUUGCUCCUCCUCGGGGCGUCGCUGCAGCUGCAGGUGUUUGAGGAGGAGCUUCAGUCGUCAGUUCAGAUCCUUGCAGGAGACAACAGUGAGCUGGACGGAGACGACGGACAGAUCUGUGAUCUAAUCGAACGACUCCGUCUCAACAUGGUCCCUGACUUCAUGCUGUGCAGGUCUUACCUGGACAUGUUGAAGGUUAUCAUCUUCAGCUACAUGUUCUGGUUCGUCCUCACCAUCAUCUUCAUUACUGGGACCACCAGGAUCAGUAUCUUCUGUAUGGGUUACCUGGUGGCCUGUUUCUACUUCCUCCUGGUGGGUGGAGAACUGCUGCUGAAACCAGUUAAAUCUAUCCUGGUGUACUGGGACUGUCUGAUUGGCUACAACGUGUUUGUCAUCACCAUGAAGAAUAUUCUGUCGAUCCUGGCCUGUGGUUUCAUUAAGUCGUUGGUGUUGAAUCACUGUUGGCUGAUUCAGCUCUUCAGUCUGGCCUGCACCAUCAAAGGAUACACCAAACCGGAGCAGCAGAGCAGUAAACAGUGUGAGCUGCCGAGUGACGAGGCGGGGAUCAUCUGGGACGGCGUCUGUUUCUGUUUCCUGUUGCUGCAGAGGAGAGUCUUCAGGAGUCAUUACUUCCUGUAUGUGGUCCUGGACCUGCAAAAUACACAACUACUGGCCUCCAGGGGGGCAGAGCUCUUCGAGGCAUCCACAGUGAAAGCUGUAAGAGCGAGACUGGAGGUGGAGAAGACAUCCAUGGACCUGCUGAAAAGACAGAUGGAGAGGAUUAAAUCUCGACAGCAGAAGUUUCGCAGAGGAAAAGAAAAGAUGUUGACUUUGACUCAAGACAGCUUCCAUACUGAUGGUCAGGAAAACAAGAAGGGUCAGCGGCAGAAGGAGUGGUGGAGACCCUGGGUGAACCACGCCUCCAUGGUGAGGAGUGGUGACUACUACCUGUUUGAGACCGACAGUGAGGAGGAGGAGGAGGAGAAGGAGGAGGAGGAGGAGGAGGAGGAGAAGAAGGAGCAGGAACUUCCUGAGAAAUCAGCCUUCCAGUUUGUCUACCAUGCCUGGAUAACAGACUCCAGAACAGCAAUGAGAGCUCGCAACAACCAAAAGAAACUCUGGAAGAAGAAUUCCUCUGAACGAAAGAGCAGGAAGGAGGAGAAAAGAGGAGCAGUUGGAGUCAUAGAAGUGACGGAAGACACGGAGGAGGAUGGAGAGGAUGAGGAUAAAGAGGAGGGACCAGAAACUGUGUUGCAUCGGUUCUCCAACACACUGCAGUUCUGUUGGGUUCUGCUGUCGGCUUUGCUGGACUCUCUGACUGCAUGGCUCAGCGGUUUGUGUCAGGGACACAUCGACAUCUCCACCGUCCUCCGCAUUGAGCGCUGCAUGCUAACACAGCAGGCCAAACAGGGUAAUUUGCCCACCAGAGAGGCAAUCAACAUUUACUACCAAGAGCAGAUGAUGAAAACAUCCAGAGAGUCAGGUCUGGACUACAGUAUCCAUGAGGCAGAGGGGCAGGCCUCAGCAUUGAGAGGAAGGGAGGAAGAAGCAGAAGAAGAAGAGGGAAUAAGUCCUGAUACAGAUGAAGAAGCUGGAGGUCAAACAGCAGAAAAUAAACCAGAAACAGAACCAGUGUCAAGAAAAUAUGAUCCAAAACACCCACAUACUAGACAAGGCCCAGAGCGAGUAUCAGGAGCAGAUGGUCCAGCAGAUCCACAUACUGAAAGAGGACUGGAAAAGGUAUCAGGAGAUGAUCCAGGUGAACUACAUAUGAAAACACAAGAGGCAGUAUUAGAAAGAGUUUGUGAAAAUAAAACAAAACCAGAAACUGUUCCAGGAAGGGAUCUACCUGAAACAGAUACAGAACCAGUAUUAGGAGGAGAUGGUCCUGAUGAACCAGAUGAAACCUUGGGGGCAGUAGAUGCUCCAGCUUCAGGAGUUGUCCCAGAGACAGUACCAGCAGAAGGUGAUCCAGCAGUGGAAGUUAAAAGUGAAGAUUUCCUAGAAUGCGUAGUGGCUAAAACCAGCCAAAGAUCACGACCUAAACUGUCAAGAAUGGAGAGGGUCCAAUCUUCAUCUUCUUUGUCAGCCUCAGAGGGAGAAAAGAUCAGUCGGACACAAAGUGGUGAAGAAUCGAACCAACAACUCCCUGUUGACAUACAACCAACUCACACCUGCACCAGCGCCUCCUCCCCUGCCUCCCCCUCCUUCCUCCUCCUCCCCCCCUCCUACAGCCUCGCUCUGGGGCUGGACCUCCAGGAGGAGGCAGGGGAGAAGAGGGAGGAUGAACAGAGGAGGAGGAGGGGGGAGGCAGGCUCAGGAUUUAGGAAGCAGCUGCUGGUUCAGACUCCAGGGGAGCAGAGUGAUUUCUUGUCUGACUCGGCCUCCACUUCCUUUCCACUGGCAUCUCGCACUCAGGAGCUGACGGCAAGCGAGCUGCUGAGGAACAGGACUUUCUACGACGAGGAGCUGGGGGCAUCAGACCGUUUCUACAGUAACCAGCCACAGCUGCUCCAGCUGUGCUACGCCCUCUACAACAUUCUUGCAGCCAGGUCGGAGACGGUGUGUUACCUGGUCAUCGUGUUGAACCACAUGGUGUCAGCCAGCUGUCUGACAUUGGUACUUCCUGUUCUGGUGUUUCUCUGGGCGACACUGUCUGUCCCUCGACCCAGUAAGACCUUCUGGAUGACGGCCAUCAUCUACACCGAGGUUACCAUCGUCAUUAAGUAUUUCUUCCAGUUUGGCUUCUUUCCAUUCAACCAGAAGCUGGAGGUGGACCGAUCUAAGCCUUUCCACCCCCCAAACAUCCUGGGGGUGGAGAAGAAGGAAGGCUACGUCUUGUACGAUCUGCUGCAGCUGCUCACUUUAUUCUACCACAGAGCCACACUCAAGUGCCAUGGACUCUGGGACCAGACUGUUACCAUGGAGACCGAUGCUCUCAAUCCCCACGAAAACCAGGCCAACUCUGCCAAUGGUGCCACGUCCAUGGAUGUGGCUGACCCCACCAACACACUGCGACAACGAAGCAGGAGACGGACACGCUCCAGCUCCACCCAGCUGCGCUCUCCCGCAGGCAGUGUGAGUUCCAGACCUCAGCAGCUCAGCAGGUUUGAUCUGCUGCUGGAGAAACUCAGAGAACUUUCCAUCAGAGCCAAGAAGUACUCUGUCAGCAGGUGUAUGUCUGUUUACCAUCCAGUCUGUCAGUUCUUCAGAGCUCUCGUCCAACCAGAGUACAGCGCCGUCACCGAUGUUUACGUCCUCAUGUUCCUUGCCGACACAGUCGACUUCAUCAUCAUCGUCUUUGGCUUCUGGGCCUUUGGAAAACACUCGGCAGCUGCUGACAUCACUUCGUCCCUCUCAGAAGAUCAAGUGCCUGAAGCUUUCUUGGUGAUGGUCCUGAUCCAGUUCGGUACCAUGGUGAUAGACAGGGCUCUGUAUUUACGGAAGACAGUUUUGGGGAAGUUGGUAUUCCAGGUGAUUCUGGUUUUUGGGAUUCACUUCUGGAUGUUCUUUAUCCUGCCGACAGUCACUGAGAGGCGUUUCAAUCAGAACCUGGUGGCUCAGCUCUGGUACUUUGUGAAGUGUGUUUACUUCGGGCUGUCGGCCUAUCAGAUUCGAUCUGGUUACCCAACACGAGUUCUGGGAAACUUCCUGACAAAGAGCCAUAACUACCUCAACCUGUUCCUGUUCCAGGGUUUCCGUCUGGUUCCCUUCCUGACUGAGCUGAGGGCUGUGAUGGACUGGGUGUGGACUGACACCACCCUGUCUCUGUCCUCAUGGAUCUGUGUGGAGGAUGUCUACGCUCACUGCUUUGUCUUAAAGUGCUGGAGAGAGUCUGAGAAGAGGUACCCUCAGCCUCGGGGUCAGAAGAAGAAGCGGGUGGUGAAGUACGGGAUGGGCGGUUUGAUUGUUCUGUUACUGAUCUGUAUUGUCUGGUUUCCGCUGCUCUUCAUGUCACUAAUAAAAUCUGUCGCCGGAGUUGUCAACCGACCGCUCGAUGUCUCUCUGACCAUCACACUGGGAGGCUUCCAGCCAAUCUUCACGAUGAGUGCACAGCAAAAUCAGCUCAAAGAUCUGACCGAAGAAGACUUCAGCUCCUUCAUCAGCUCCUACAGCUACACACCUAGUGCCUUGCAGUUCCUGGAGGCAUACGGUCGAGAAGAUGUGACAGUGGCGGAGUUGCAGGGCAGCAGUAACUCUCUAUGGACCAUCAGUCCUCCCAGUAGGCAGUACCUGAGCCAAGUGCUCAAUCUGGACCACUUCCCCCUCACUGUGUCCUGGACUGUUCAGAGGAACUUGAGUCUGGGGGCUGAGCCAAAGCUUGUGUAA